AUGUCUGGACGUGGUAAAGGCGGAAAGGGUUUGGGAAAGGGAGGAGCCAAGCGUCACAGGAAGAUUCUUCGAGACAACAUCCAGGGUAUCACGAAGCCUGCCAUUCGUCGUCUUGCGCGCCGUGGCGGCGUGAAGCGUAUCUCCGGUCUCAUCUACGAGGAGACCCGCGGCGUCCUCAAGAUCUUCUUGGAGAACGUCAUCAGGGAUUCCGUCACCUACACCGAGCACGCCAAGAGGAAAACCGUCACUGCCUUGGACGUGGUGUACGCCCUCAAGCGCUCAGGCCGUACCCUCUACGGUUUCGGUGCUUAA